AUGUCGAGUCAGCGCUGCACGCCGAGAGCAUACCAACUUGCACACUUUUUCGAGAUUGCAAAAGAUGCUACACACCAGAGAAGAACGGUCGACUUGAACUUCCGCUCGAUGAAACCCCAAGUUUCCGCUGCGCAAUCACAGUACAUGCUCCUGUGUGGCGAUCUUUUAGUCUCCCGAUUGCCAGACCAGUUCGAGGAGAGAGCGCAGCCACUAUACUUCACACGCAAUCCAAGGAAGCUGAGCCAGAUGGACAUCAUCCGGCAGGAGUUGCCGUAUAUUGGAUUUCUUGAGCUUCCGGAUGAGUUCUGUCCCGACCUGCAACCUGGUGACGCGAUGAUGGUGAACUUUAAUGUUGAAGAGCCUGAAUCACAUACCGACUGGUAUGCGCAGCAGUCGACCCUGCGGUUUCUGAAUAAUGCAAGACGGCGCCAGAUUCACGCCUACCUUCAGCGAAGGUUGAUACACAACAACAAUAAUGGAUGGGGCCGUAAGAUCCAGGUCCGAAAAGGAGAUCCGGGCAAUACUGGAAGUUAA